AUGUCAGAAUUCCAAAGGUAGUUCUCAAGCUGCCGGUAUUCUAAUUGUUACCUUUGUUCAUUGCAUAUAAAAGGAGCCCAAAGCAUCUCCCAGAAUCCUCAGUGAUACAUUGGGCAAUAGAUAUUGGUCAUAAUGUACAGUCAUACCUUGCUUUUCGAACAGCCUAGUUCUCGAACGCUUUGGCUCCCGAAUGCCGCAAACCCGGAAGUGAUUGUUAUGGUUUGCGAACUAUUUUUGGAAGCCGAACGUCCGAUGGGGCAUCCAAUUGGCUGCAGGAGCUUACUGCAGCCAAUCAGAAGUUGCGCUUUGGUUUCUGAACGUUUUGGAAGCCGAACGGAUUCCAUUCGACUUCCAAGGUACGACUGUAGAUAUGGAAGCAUGGGAACGAUUAUGGAAUAUGGAUAUAAAAUUUAUAGCAUGCUAUGGUCUAAGAGAAAAUUAUAUGAAAAUGAUAUAUCGAUGGUAUCUUAACACUGAGUAAGGUUUCAAAAAUGUAUAAAUCUAAAUCAAGUAAGUGUUGGAAAUGUAAUGAGAAAGAAGGUUCUUUUUAUCGUAUGUGGUGGUCUUGUAGUAAGGUCAAAGCUUACUGGGAAAGGAAAUGAUAUAUAAUGAAAUGAAAAGGAUGCUUAAAGUAACUUUUGUAAAAAAACAAAACAAACCAGAAGCUUUUCUUUUGGGAAUUAUAGGGACAGAACUACCUAAAAUGUAUCGAAACUUAUUCAUGUAUGCUACUGCAGCAGCAAGAAUGUUACUUGCCCCAAAAUGGAAAGAUGCAGAAGUCCCAAUAAAGGAAGAAUGGAUACAAAAAAUUAUGGAAUAUGCAAAAAUGGUGAAACUUACCGGAAGAAUAAGAAAUCAAGAUAACAAUUUUUUUUAAUAAAAGAAUGUAAAUGGUUUAUUGAAUAUUUACAGAUAAGUUAUAAACAGAUAAAAACAUCGGCAGGAUUAUUGUAACAACCUGUAGUGUUAUAAGAGUCUAUAUUUAAAGAAGAUGAAUAAAUUAGCAAAUUAAGUUAAUUUGGAUAUGCAGAAGAAUAAAUUUAAGGAACUGCAGAAAGAGGGGGAUGGAAGUCAAGUUUUGAAAUGUCAAAAUGAAUGUCAAAUUAGUGAAAUGUAUAAAACUAGUGAAAUGUAUAAACUUGAAGUGUGUGUGUGUGUGUGUGUGUGUGUGUGUGUGUGUGUGUGUGAGAUAAACUAGAAAAAAAGUAGUGGGAGGCUUCACACUUCCCAGCUGAGUAAACGGAGAAAGACUAUUAUCUGAUCCUGUUUUGAGUCCUGAAGACCAGGGAUAUUGUGCAGAAUAAAAAGAGGGCAGCCCCUUUCCCCAUCUUCCAAGGGGUGUUAGCAGCCCCAGUUCACCAGGUGCCUCCAUGUUCCUCCAGACCAUGUUAGGUGGGACAUCCCAAGGGACCAUAGGAUCAGACCCCACUCUUUUGCAGACAGAAUGGGAAACCCAACCUCAUAGAUCUCCUCUCCAGCAUUUCAGAAACCCCCAAAGCAUUAAGCUGCUCUCAUGUCAGGGUGUGUGCAAGGAACCGGUUGGAGGAACAUACUGAUCUAAAGGACCCGUAGCUUACCCACUCUCCCAAAAUAAGCCCCCAAACAGGAGGGAAGCAAUGCAAAUUCUGGAGCUCAGGAAGUGAAUUUUGGGGGGAAAUAAAAAUGCAAAACAAAACAGGAGAUGAGCACUAGAGCACCACCAUCACUUCUGCCUUCUAGCAAGAGCCCAGCAGAGCAUUGGAUGUGUUGGGUCCCUGCCUUUUGUUCUCCUCCCCCGCCACUUUUUAGAAUUGCAUCCGAAGACCAUUUUCCUUAAGAGAUGUUCAAUUAAAAUACUGAAUUCUAUGUGUUUCUGUAAUUAUAUGCAUCACACACAUUUGUUUUAUGUCUGCUUUCUCAGGAAGCACAGAUUUGUAGGGGAUGCAGGAAAUUUUGGGGGCGGGAAGGGGACCUAUCUUUUAGCCCCAUUUUUAAUAUGUAUUUAUAAUUGCAGAAAUGCAGGAAACAUGCCUUCAGAAAAAGCUCUUGAUGAAGCUAUUGCUCGUUUUCUCAAAGAUUUCCCUGACAAGAAAAAAGAGAUUGAGGUGUGCAUCCAAUGCCUUCGGGAAAGGGCAGACGACAUUGACAAGACCCAUAAGGAUUGCACCAUUGCCAGCGUUACUGCCAGCUCUGCAAGUGCAGUUUCUGGUAUCCUGACCAUCGUGGGACUGGCCUUGACCCCUGUAACAGCAGGCGCAAGUUUAAUCCUGACAGCCACAGGCAUGGGCUUAGGGAUAGCGUCAGGAGUAACUAGCAUUUCUGCUGGUGUGUCCGAGAGCAUUAUUCAUUCAAUGGAGAAGAAAAAAUCGCAAGAACUGAUAAACGAAUGUGAGAAGAGCCUAAGAAUGGUGCUGAGCCUCGAGAAAAUUGGUUUCAAGUCUCAACUGCCCCCAGAUAACGCUAAUCUGGAAGUAGCCAAAACGGCAAUCACUUCGGGUUGUGCUAUUGCUGGGCUCAUUCCAACAGUGGUUGACAAAGCGACAGACAUUGCAGCAAAUGUAGAGGCAUUGGCAGUGGCUAACACUAAUCCUGUCUUGAAGGGUUUGGCCAAGGAAGCAAGUACAGUAGGGACCGUAGCCAGGAAUGCAAUCAAGGGGAUUGAUCAGGUCGAUGAGGCAUUUAAAGGAACUGCCCUCGCAGCGAGCAAGACUGCUAGAGUGGCAGGGGCCGUGGCGUCCGGGGUUUUUCUUGUACUGGAUGCUUACUUCAUUACUAAGGGUGCCAUAGACUUGUCAAAUGGGGCCAAGACAGAAAAGGCAGAUGAGCUCAGAGCCAAGGCUAAUAAGUUGGAGGAGAUGGUGCAGAACCUGACAAAGUUCUACAUGGAACUGAAAGAAGAAUGGGACUGA